UAAGUUCAAAAGGAAGAAGCAGCAACCUUAAUGCGUACUUUACACAAAUAUUUUAAAGUAAACCGCUUGGGAAAAAUAAAUAACAUAGUUUGUGCAGCAUCAUUGCGCGACUGUGUAUUUUUAACUUUUAACGCAAAGUUAUAAAAAUAACUGUGUCAACCAAAAAACAUUUACAUUUAUGGAUCUAUUUCCCGCAAGUGUGAGCAGAUGCAAGGGAUUUCUUUCCGACUUUUCAAAAUAACCGACACCAGACGCACACAAAUCGGGCAGAGUUGCCACCUGAGCCGUUCGAUCAUAGAAAUUAAAGUACACACAUGCUUUGCAGUUUCUAAUAUCGCCGCUGGACACAACGCGUCCGAUUCCCAAGGAGUGCGGAUUAUCCCGAGUUGAGCGCUAAUUAAGCCACUUUAGAUUCAAUCCGCGAAAAGUGUGUAGCAAUCGUGCAGAGUUCUCGACUGUUUUAGUUGGUAUUCGUUUUCGCACAGAGUACGCCACCAUUUGCCCUGCGAGGUCGAACUCAUUUAACACCCUCGCAAUUGCCGUUCAAUCAAACGGAAACGACAGCAGUUGCCUCCGCCCGAACAGUGUCGCAUCCUGGCUUCCGUCUCCGUCUAUGCUGGACAUUUUGAUUCGUUCCGGGGGAAUUAAAGAGCUGUCUGAGGGUGGUUGUAAUUUGCAAAAUAACCGUAAAGAGUUUAAACAAUACCGAACCGAACUGUCAAUUUGCGUAUGACAAAAAUACCAUUGUCUGGUAUAAUACCAAAUCAAUAAAUAUGCAUAAUUGUGUGUGCAAAUAAACGCGCGAAAACUAUAACUUUAACUCAAAACUUUAUAAGCGUAGCUCUCCAAGCAAGUGCAAACAUUUUAUGAAAAGGAGUGAGUUGUAAAUAACUAAAAAGUGAAAGAAAACUGUGACAAGGAGGUACCACUCGUCGGAAAAUAGUGAAAACAAGACAGAAAAAAAUACCAACCCCCGGGCUGCGGAGUGUGUUAAAAUGCCAGAAACUUUUGUGCGCCUCAACGUCCAAAAAUUUUAGAGUUACGAAAACGAGACGCGAACGGAAAAUAAUCUUUCGUUUCACCUUUAUCCUGUUUCCGGUUUAUCCGGCUAAAAACUAAACGUAGAAAAUAGACUUAAGCAAAAGGAUACCACCAUGUUGCCCUUGUCCUUGGCCAGCGAGGAGGCCAAGCAGAUGCAGCAGCAGCGCGAGCUGGCAGUCACCAUGUCAUCAGUGUCGUCCUCCGGCGGCGGUGGCGGUCAAAGUACCGCAGGAAACAGUGUCCUGGUUAAUGGGCCCCGAAAGGAGGAGGUCCGCUUUGUUCCCCUCUCCUCGAUGGCUAGCAGCAAAUCCUGCAACAUCACCUUCAGCAAUAUCCAGCCGGGCAUGACUACUGGUGUCCCUCAUCAGAUCCAAACCACCUUAAAGUCCAAACUGACGGCGGUGAACAUAGUGCCGAAAACAUUAAAGACUGGAUCCGUGACAGGCGGAACAACCGCAGGGUCAGCUCCCUUUUUCCAGCUAGUGCCAUCGUCCAACAAUCCUAACCAACCACUAGUGGCCAUUUUGGCACCUCCAAGGAAAACCAUGGGAGGAGCAGGAGCAGGAGGAGUCCCAAGCAAUGCCCAGCCAGUGGUCAUCCGUUCGGGUCCCGCGUUGAACAAGUCCCAACUCACCAUUCAUAAUGGCAUAGCCACCAUGACAACAGCUCCGACUCCGGCUGCAGCAGUAGUAGCAGGAACCAGCGGAGCUACACCAAGCAGAUCACUGCUUGCUAAAUCAGAGCUUCCCCAGAAAGCGGCCCCUGUAGCUGCCGUCCAGAUACCCGCGGCCGGAGGAGCCGGCCAAAUCUCUUUGCUGGCCAAUCCACUCAAGCCACGUGCCCCGCUCAUACUCAGCAAGGUGGCAGUGGACAAGUUACAGUUGAAAUUCAAUCAGUUUAAGGCCAAUCCAAAAUCCAUUGUCCUGGGCAAGGGCGCCCAGGUGAAGAGUGUAAUGUCAAUGCCCAGCAGCAUCCGCAGCAGCAGUGUCGGGGAAAAGGAUAUUAAAAACUCGGUUAUUCCUAUCAAGGCCACUCCUCUGGUAGCCGAGGAGGUGCCCAAAGCCAUGCCCACCAACAAUAACAACAAUAACUACCCUAGCAAUACCAAGAGCCUGAUUAAGCCGAAACCAACCUCCAUUAAGGUACCACUGGCCGCCAGUCAAGAUAUAAUCACUGUGCCGGCCUUUGAGUCAAUGGAGGAGAAGAUCGCCAUGCCGCAUCUUAAAAACAACCACAGAGCGCUUUCAAGUCUGGAAAUCAUGCUGAAUGGGCCAGUAAAGAUAGCUCAGUCGGAGUCCAAGGAUGCUCCACUUCAACAGUCGGAACAGCAGCAGCUCCGUGAGCCAAAAACCCCUCCCAAAGUGAAGGAGCCAGAGGCCAAGGCACCUCCCAAGCAGCAAACAACAACGAAGGCAAUUAAUUCUCACAUUCUGGAGGAGCAGAAAGAAGACUCCAAGGAAACUGUCAAGGAACCUCCCAAGCCUGUACAACCAGAGGCCCAGGAGCCUCCCAAGCCCCGACAACCGGAGGCCAGGGAACCUCCGAAGUCCCAACAGCCGGAGGCACAUGAACCUUCCAAGCCCCGACAACCGGUGGCUCAGGAACCGUCCAAGCCCCGAGAACCGGAGACCAGGGAACCUCCGCAACUACAGCAGUUGGAGCCCAAGGAUUUGCCCAAGUCGCCGAAGCUGCAACGCUCCAAGUCCUUCGUGGCCACUCCUGAGCAGACUCCGCCAGUAGCUGGCAGCAGCGAGCGCCGCCACUCGGUGGCCAUUAUGGCCAAGGAGGUGGAUGUUAUCGAAGAGCCCAGUGCUCCAAUCGAGACCAUUACCAUUGAAGAUGACGACGACGACGAGAACGAGGAGGAGCCCAUUCGGAAGGAGAUCAUUCUGCCUAUUCUUCCAGCUGGGAUAACGAUCUCCACGACCACAAAAUCUGGCGUUAGAUCUCAGCUAGUGCGGAAAAACUCAAGCGUGACAACGCUAUCCUCCUCCAGAAAGGCCUCCUCCUCCGCCAGCAGUACGUCCAACAGCGAUGUGGAGGAAAUCAUUGCGCCCGCCAAGAACAUUGAAGAAGAAAUAAGCCUACUGCCUGGUAUUAGCAUCAUCAAAGCGGAAACCCUUCCGCUUUCCAAAGAGGAGUUUGAGCAAUCGCUGCGCUGUGACGAGCAGGUGCCCAACACACCGCCCUCAUCCGGAGCAUCAUCCGUUGCCUCGGACACAGCAUCGCCCAGCAAACCUGCAGCUGAACCGACGGUGUCUUCAUCCCUACACAGGAUGCCCAGGUCGCGAGCCAAUGGCCUCAAGAAGAGAAUGGUCCAAAAUCUGCCCAUGCUGAGAUGGCGUGGCCAUCAGCCGGCCAAGCUGCAGAACUCCUCGAUGUGCUUCGAGCUAAACCGCUUCAACCUGCUGCAGUUGAACGAGCGCUGCGAGCAGCGAACGGGACCUGCCAGCUACUUUGAGCGGGCCCUGCUCGAUCGCCCCGGGCGAAGGCCCUCGGGCAGCAUCCAUCCACUUUUGUACCUGUGCCAGCGCUGCAACUGCCACGGUCCCGCCGCUGACUUCCUGGCCCCACACUACUGCUCUGUGUGCUGUGUGCGUCGGUCGCAGAAACGUCGUCUGCCGGCCAGCAGCUCUCAACCGGAGACCAAGGUGAGCCGCGGCAACGGCAAGCAUCAACCAUCGAAAUUCCUGCCUGACAUACAGGAUCAGCUGCAGCGGCCAAAGGAUAAUGAUAAGCUGCGUAAACCGUUCCGUUGGAGCGAAUACCUCAAGGCCAAAGGCCGGGAUGUGGCGGCGCCCAUCCACCUGUUCCUCAACCCCUUCCCGAUCAGCCCCAACUGUUUCGAACGCGGAAUGAAGCUGGAAGCCAUCGAUCCGGAGAACUGCUCCUUGUUUUGUGUGUGCAGCAUCGCUGAGGUGCGUGGCUAUCGGCUGAAGCUCACCUUUGACGGCUAUUCGUCCAUGUACGACUUUUGGGUAAAUGCCGACUCGCAGGACAUCUUCCCACCCGGUUGGUGCGAUAAAACGGGUCGCUUGCUGCAAGCGCCCAGGGACUACUGUCCAGAGCGCUUCAACUGGAGCCGCUACCUGAUUAAGACCAACGCCAAGGCUGCACCGCGGGCGCUGUUUGCGCAUUUAAAAAUGCCGCAACAGACGGGGAUUUCCAACGGAUUCGCCGUGGGCAUGCACUUGGAGGCAGAGGAUCUGAACGACACCGGCAAGAUUUGUGUGGCCACCGUGGCGGAUAUACUAGACGAGCGUGUGCGCGUCCAUUUCGAUGGCUGGGACGACUGCUACGAUCUGUGGGUGCACGUCAGUUCACCCUACAUCCAUCCCUGCGGCUGGCACGAGAAUCGCCAGCAGCUGAUAGUUCCACCGGAUUUCAAGACGACCGUCUUCAAUUGGCCGGACUACAUAGCCGAUGUCGGGGGGGUGGCUGCCCCGAAGCACCUGUUUCAACCACGCCAGCCAAUGGAGUACCAAGCACGCAUGAAGCUGGAGGUGGUGGACCAACGCAAUCCCUGCCUAAUUCGCCCGGCCACCAUAGUAACCCGCAAAGGCUAUCGCGUCCAAAUCCACUUGGAUUGCUGGCCGUCAGAGUAUUACUUCUGGCUGGAGGACGACAGUCCGGACCUGCAUCCCAUCGGCUGGUGUGAGGCCACCUCGCACGAUUUGGAAACGCCGCCGGGAUAUUUGCAGGCCACGCCCGUGAUGCCUUGCGACGUGGAGGGCUGUCGAGGUUUCGGCAAUGCCAAGCGCUUUAAUCUCAGUGUGCACGCUUUGCGGGAUUGCUGCCCGUAUGCGCCAGAGAACUGGCGCCAGUGGCGCUCCAAGACGGUGAAGCCAGCGCGAGUGGCGCCCGAUAAGAUCAGGCGAGGAGUUCCGACGAUGAAUCCAAGGAAGGCAGUUACUCCAGAUGUCCAGCAGGUGGCCAUUAAGGAGGAAAUUCCUCCAAAGGUGUCAAAGAAACGGGCUACACCGCCACCUUGCGCGGAGAAAAAGAUGCAAAAGAAGCAGAAGGUGGACGUGGGUGUAGAUGUGGCUAAGGAGGAACAGAAACCAGAUCCCUGUGCCCGUACCCUGGACAUAGCCAAAAGCUUCUUGAAGGGUUACGGCCCGCAGCUCCUUCAGAACUACCGCCUUUGGAAACAGAACAGCACUUUUAAUCAGGACCAGAUCCGUAGCAAUCCGCUGCACUGGACCACCUGGGAUGUUUACGAGUUCAUGGAGCGCGCCAUGGACUCCACGGAAAUAGCCCGUGUGAUAUUUGAACAUGAACUCGACGGCAGGGCUCUACUGAUGCUGGGGCGCCAGGAAUUGGACAAGUACCUGAACCUGAAGGUGGGUCCGGCGGCGAAACUCUACUCGCUGAUCAUGAAUCUGCGCAUUGCCGUGGUCUGCAAAUUCGAGACGAAUAGCACCGGACUUGGGAUUAAAUUCUCCGAUUUGGUACAUAUGAAAGAGGAUAACAAGGUGGAGCGUACACCAGCGUCCUCCAAGGUGCAGGGCAGGAGCAACGGCUGGAGCAAAAUGGAGCACAAUCAGGAGCUUUUCGAGAGCGAAGAGGACGAUGAUGAUGGUGAUGAUGAUGUGGUGCUGGACAGCGAGGACUUUCUCAGCGUCAAGCCCAGCGGCCGCCUGGUAAUUGACGAGGACGUCGAGGGGGGGAUGAAGCAACAGCUGGAUGUGUGCAGGCCCAUGACCACGGCUUCCUAGAGGACUCCAGGCCGAGGUCCAGCUUCCGUUGAUUGAUUUGUAAGAUUCGUUCGGGUAUUAAUAUUGUAUUUUUAGUAUAUAUUAA